UUCUUUAUGAGGUCCUAAGCGGGAGGGUCUUGUCGGCUGAGCCGCUGUUGGGCUGAGGGUGGAGCGGCCCCAGGGUUGGGGGAGCCCCGAGAACGGUGGGCUGCGGGGCGGGAGGGAGGGGAUGGCGGUGCCACUGCCUUGGCUGUGGGGCAGGUUGAAGGAGCGGAGUGAGGCAGACAUGGGGUCCUCGUGUCCCACCGGUGUGUGAGAGCUGUGUGCGUUCCCUCGCCCACUCCCGGUGUGCUUUUCUUCACCCAGGCUGGGGCAGGAGAGAGAAGCCACCAUCGUGGACCUCGCGGGUGUCUGUUCCUGGCCCUGACAUCCAGCCUGGGGUGGACAGGGGGUUUCUUCAGGCUCGGGUGCUUCCAGCUCCUGCUCCUCUUCAGCUCCCUCCAAGGAGAAGGCUCUAAGCCUGCUGCCUUGUGUAGCCAGCAUAGCACACGAUCUCUCACCCUGAGACCCGCUCUGCUGUUUCUCUGAGUAUUUUUACAUCAGCAUCUCUAAUAAAGGUCGCUCAUCCAAAUAUUUAACGUCUGCAUUUCUUCAGUAAAGGUCUGAGAGUUUAUUUCAAGCUAUCGUCAUUGCUUGGUGUCAGUGGCACCUGAGCUCCUCCUCUUAGCUGGGGGAGGCAAGUGCCGGGACAGCUCUUGGCUCUGACACCGAGUCUCCAAGAUGCAGGACCUGAAAGAACAGCCGUGGUUUCUGUAGUUGAUGGUGGAGAGGGGUACCAGCAUGAGUAGGUGGGGGCAUCAGGACUGCCGUGGUGUCUGCUGGCUUGAGCGACUUUGGCUGAACUCUUGAACCUUUCUUGCCCUCCAGUCCUCACCUUAAAAAUGGGUGUCAUGCUUGCAUGGUGGCCAGCUGACUUUGGUGGAAGCUCCUGAAGCACUGCGGGGGCAGCCAAAGACAACCCCCCCAGCACACAGAGCGUGAUGAGUCCUGACACAGCCUGGUGGCUGCUCAUCCAGGGCCGCCUCGCCUUUAUCAGCUCACUUGCUGCUUGUGCUCUUUUCCUGGCCUGUCCUUUCACCAGCAGAAAUGCGGAAAAACCAGUUCUGUGGUUAAUUGCUGCACUUCCCUCCACGCCCAUGGGGCAGGUCUUCUUCUCCUCCUCCUCACCCACAGUCUGGGUGCGCUUCAGCCUCCAGCCUCUUUGCCCCUGCCUGUGCUCAGCCAGCUCAGGUGCACCAUCAGGCCUCCUUCCAUUAACCUUACGGCUUCUCCUGCCUUCCCCUUUUUCCUCCAUCUGCCAGAGCUUCUGUCUCUCUGGUGGCUCCUUCUCCCUUGGGCAACCCAGUGGGUUGGCCUGCAGGUGCAGAAGGUGCAGGCGGCUGCCCUCCUGGCCCUGUCCUGCCCUGCCUGGAGGGAUAACGUUGGAAGUGAUGGCCGGAGGCAACGAGCGGAGCAUGAAGGCCCUGAAGGAGGUGUGGAAAAGAGCGGAAAACUCUUUGUGCGCUGACUGCGGGAAGCCGGAUCCUGACUGGGCAUCCUCUACUUUGGGUGUCUUUAUAUGCCUCAGCUGUUCAGGAAUUCACCGCAACAUCCCUAGCAUCAGCAAAGUCAAAUCCCUGAAGAUGGACCACUGGGAUGAUGCUCAGGUGCAGUUUCUGGCCAAGCAUGGGAAUGCUGUGACUAAAGCCACAUACGAAGCUCACAUCCCUAUUUACUAUUACCAGCCAAACUACAAUGACUGCCAAGUGCUGAGAGAACAGUGGAUACGGGCCAAAUAUGAACGCAAAGAGUUCACUGAGCCGGGAAAACAGCUGCCAUAUUCUGAUGGGGUGAAGGAAGGUAUCCUCUGGAAGCGAGGUCGAGACAACGGGCAGUUCCUACCCCGCAAGUUCCUCUUGUCUGAGAGAGAGGGAUGUCUGAAGUAUUUCACCAAGCAGGAUGCCAAAGAACCCAAAAUCAAUGUUAAAAUAGAUGUCAUCAAUGCUACGUUCCAGCCAGUGAAGAUUGGGAACCCCAACGGCCUGCAGAUCACCUAUCUCAAAGACAACAAGACCCGGAAUAUAUUUGUCUACCAUGAAAGUGGAAAGGAGGUAGUGGACUGGUUCAAUGCCAUUCGCUCUGUGCAGUUCCAUUAUCUGAAGGUAGCAUUUCCCAUUGCCAGCAAUAAUGAGAUUAAAAGUCGGCUGACAAGAAACUUCCUGAAGGAGGGAUACAUGGAGAAGACUGGUCCCAAGCAGAGAGAGGCUUUUAAGAAGCGCUGGUUCACGCUGGAUCACCGCAGGCUCAUGUACUUCAAGGACCCUUUGGAUGCAUUUGCUAAGGGUGAGGUAUUUGUGGGCAGCAGAGAGAAUGGAUAUAGCGUCCAGAAGGGAUUGCCUUCGGGGACACAGGGCAACUUCUCUUGGCACUAUGGCCUCACCAUUGUCACCCCUGACCGGGAAUACCUCUUCACCUGCGAGACAGAGACUGACCAGCUGGACUGGAUUGCAGCCUUCACUAGCGUCAUCAACCAGGCCAUGACACCACAGGAAUAUGCAAUUGAAGCCUACUUCAAGUUUAAAUCCUAGGAAGCCGUGCAGGAACCUUGCUAUGACUCAACUCUACCUGGACCUGUUGGGUGGGCUGUCAGGAGAGGAGAGGAGAUCGACAUCAGAGAAACACAGUCCUCUUGAAGCGCCCCUUGAAGCACUUUUUUCCCCCAUAGAUGGUCCACUUUGUUCUGAGGGCCCAGUUAAGCUGCUUCCUUUCAAGUGCAAGACUUUGUGAGUCUGAAUCCUUGGUGCAACCUGUCACUUAAAUUGAUCUGACUGGAUGCUGGCAGGCCUUGCCUGUCAAUUGGACCUUGAAAACUUGGCACUUGCUGUGUUGGACAUGGGACCUAGCAUCACUCCUGCAUGAAACUGCAGACAGCCAUCUGCCUUAUGCAAGAAAAGAGCUACCUGGCUGGAGCUACACCCCAGCAGGUUGCAGGGGCUGCUGGACUAGGAGAGACUGUUCCUUUACAAGAAAUGGCUUCUCUGCUGGUGACAGAGAUGUGAAACAUCUAGAUAUUUGAUCAGUUAGAGCUGUAGUUGAGAAAGGUCACUUAAAAGAUGUAAUCUAACAGCCAAAUGUGAGGCCUGUUUCCUUCUGCCGUGUAUGAGCUUGAAAGCUUCUUCAGACCUCAUUUGUGUGGAGACCUUCCUCCAAUUGCUGCAGAGAAGAUUAAGAGAUCCGCUCAAAACCAGUGUGUGGGUAUACAUGUGUGUGUGUGUGUGCACGUGUAACAAAAAGUGGUGGGAGGUGGAAUACUGUCAUAGGGAAGAUACUGUGAGGGAUAUUGAUGCCAUUGAAGUUCAGCUGUCAAAUUUGAGUCUCUAGUCAAACCAAUGGAGAGAGGUUGGGUCCUGCAGAGAGCAGCUUAUGGCAUGUCUGAUACAGAGUUCAGACUCUCUGUUGUCUUUACUAGAGCCUAGGGGUUGAUGUCUGAAGAUAAUAAUGCAUGGUUCUCUACUCCCUCAUUGUCUGUACGUCAAAGGCCUGGCACUUUCAUUCUGCCCUGUACAUUACAUAUGUUUAUACUGUAUAUCACAUAUACAUAUAAUUUUAUGCAGUAGUAUAACAGGGAAGUUUGUAUGUUCUUGUCCUUCUAGGAACAGUUAGCCCUAACCGCUAAAUCAGGCUAUGAUUCAUAUCUUGAAGAUCAUUUCUUAAAGCUCUCCUGGGAGAGCUGUGUUUCACAUGCUGGAAGGACCAGCUGAGUUCUGCUGAUGACUGUAGUAUCUGAUGUGUCUGCAGUUUUACGCAGGCAGUGUGAGAGUAGGCAUCUCAUGUGUUAAGGGGAGCCAAUUGGAAUUAAUGAGGCAAACAGUAUUUUAAUUAGCUCCUAAAGAAAUGAAUUUAAAAAAUCCCAUUGUAAUUUAUUUUAACUUCCUAAAAGAACUGAGCUGCUAACUGCGAAGGUAUGAGGUUGUUUCUUGAAAAAAAAGCACUGACAAUCAGAGCAAAGAGCCAUGGCUAUUCAUUGCAUUUCCUGGGGCAUGUGGACUGUGAAUCUUCCCAUCAGAGCCAAAUGGGCAAAGUCAUGGUUCCCCUCUGCUUCUCUGGGGACGCCUCUCUGUGCUGAGACCACCACAACCUGUUGGGAGCAUUGACUUCCUGGAUGAGAAGCAGCGUCACUCAUUCUGCUGCCAUGGCCUGAUGGAGCUUUCCACCCAAAAGUCUAUUAUUUUCACUGCAAUUUGCUGAUCUCUCCCGGUCUGGAGCAUGACUGUCCUAAAAACUGAAGGCCAUUGUAAAGCUUGUGUUCCAAAACAAAGUGCCUAUAAGUUCUGGUAACAUGAAAUGGGGUAGUCCAUUAAAAAAACCUCAAGCCCCAUCUAAACCACCUGCACAUUCAGUUCUGUAUGAAAAAGAGUAGAGAGCGUGACCCAGAUGUGCCAGGAGCUAAUACGGAUAAUCCAGAGGGAGGCCUCUGAAGUUCCAUCCAACAAUGCCAU